UGUCUUUUUUUUUUCUUUUUGGAAACUUCAAGACACACCUUUAUUGUUUUUUUUUUAUCUUGUUCGUUCCUUUUAAUCAUUAAGUCAAAGGAUCGCCACACGAAUUUUGACCCUAUUUCUCUUUCACUCUUAAUGACCGUUUCAUCAUCCAUAUAAACAUGGCGCACGGGACAACAACAACAGCAACGACCAUCGUCACUCACAGUAGCACAUCCACUACUACCACCUCAUCAACCGCCCCAUCCAAUACCACCGCCGUUCAAGUCGCUCUUCGCGUCCGGCCUCUGACACAACAAGAUCGACUACAACCACGAUUUUCUCAAUCGACCAAUUCUGAUGUGUUAAAAACAUUUAACAAUACCAUCACCAUUGUGCCCCAUCAAAAGUCGUUUACAUUCGAUUACAUGUUCGACACAGAGAGUACCCAAGAACAAGUAUUUCUGGGUGUCGCCUCCGGCCUCGUGGAUCGGUUUCUCGAUGGUUACAACGUUACCAUCUUGGCUUAUGGCCAAACCUCAUCUGGCAAAACUUAUUCCAUGGGGACUGCUAUGGAUUGCGAACGGCAUCCGGAUCCCGAACAAGAAGGUAUCAUUCCACGCGCCAUGACCGCUUUAUUCCAACGGCUUCAGAAAAAUCAACCCACACCCACUUCACCUUGCACAUCCCAAUCUUCCACACGACGUCCUUCGGCCAACAGUCUUCCUCUCACCUCGGGUUUACGUGCGCCGCGACGCACCACGUCAUUGGCCAAAUUAAGACCAACGUCCAUGGUGACGCCAGUAAGGCGGCCAUCCGGAUUAAACCCUCCUGAGAAAAAUGACAAUAGCAAAGCACCGCGUUACACCGUUCACGUCUCCUUUGUCGAGAUCUAUAAUGAAGAACUCAUUGACCUGCUUAAUCCUGCACCACCAUCGGAACGACCAGCCGUUACUAUCAGAGAAGAUACAAAGGGUCACAUCUAUUGGACAGGCGUUAAGGAGGUAGCUGUGGGAACCACCGAAGAUGUCUUGAGAUACCUGCAAAUGGGAACUCAGAACCGAGCCACAGGGUCAACUGACAUGAAUGCCAAAUCUUCGCGAUCACACGCUAUUUUUUCCGUCACCCUGAAGCAGGAGAAGUGGGUACCUGCCAGCGAAGCCAAAUCCCAACGUCGACGCGAAACCAGUCCCAGUCCGGCCUCGUCUCGUUCGUCCAUGGCUAGUUUCCCCAUGAGUCGCCGCGCCAGUACACUCAAUGUAAAAGCCAUGGUCGGUCAAAUGGAGAAACAGAACCAUGGGCCUAAACCCACUGGUGCCGCCGCUGCCGAUGAAGAGGACGGUGAAUGGAUGGUGCUGAGUUCCAAGUUCCACUUUGUGGAUUUGGCGGGAUCCGAGCGAUUAAAGCGAACCGCCGCUGAAGGUGAUCGCCGAAAGGAAGGCAUCAAUAUUAAUGCAGGCCUGUUAGCCUUGGGUAACGUGAUUUCUGCAUUAUCCGAUCCCUGCAAACGCUCCACCCAUGUUCCUUACCGCGAUUCCAAACUCACCCGGUUGCUUCAAGACUCACUGGGUGGCAACGCCACCACCCUCAUGAUCGCAUGUGUCAGUCCUGCCGAAAUCAAUUUGACUGAAACUGUUAAUACCAUCAAAUACGCUCAUCGAGCACGCAGUAUCAAGAACAAGACGGAACGAAACGAAGCCGAAGAAUGGAUGACCAAUGAUAACGCUGAUUACUUGCGAGGCUUGAUCGCCAAACUGAAAGCCGAAGUUCGCACCCUCAAAGCCCACGGACCGCCAACGUCGCCCAAGCAACCACUGACUCAUUUCGUUCAUCAUACCGAUGUAUCGCCUUCGUCGUCCUUGUCCGACCACGAUCACCCUCAAAUCAGCACCUGUCCGUCCUCUUCAGCCACGACCACCAUUACUGUGCCUGACAUGGAAUUUGAUAAUAAUCAAGCCUUGGUAGCAGACUUGCGUCGCCAAAUUGAAGAACUGCACAACGAGGUCACUGUCACGCGCGAACGCAAUCAACUGGUGGAAACCGAAUUGCGCCAGAGUCGGCAACAAGCCAACGUGAAAUCGCCCCUCGCCAAUAAACGCCACGCAAGACAGACAAGUCCACGAUCAUCAAAAACAGAUUCUGGGCUAUCCAAUGUCGACUUUCAACAUUUGGUGGAACCGGUCAUUGAAGAGUACGAAAAAUCCAUUUCGGGACUCGAGUCACAGUUGGCCAUGGCCCGCGCCGCUUUGGCUCACUCGGAUCAUGCGUUGGCAGCUCAAGAAGCUAAAAUCGCCGAAUACGAAACCAUGCACGAAAUCGAGAGUCGCAACUUGGCCGAACUAAGACACCACUUAGCCCAACUGACCGAACAGGGACACACCAACGAAGCCCACAUUGCUGAAUUGGAAGCCAAACUAGCCCAAGCUCAGGUUGACCAACCCAACAAAAACCAAAACAGCGAUACGGCAUCCGAGGCAUCAACGCAAACACUGGAAAGCCAAAUCGCGGAAAAGACGGCCCAAGUGGAUGAGCUGCAACACAGAUUGGCCGAUGUCGAGACCAUGCAUCGUGAAUUGGCCGAGUUGCGGGACACCCAGGCACACGAAAUUGAGCGACUGCAUCAGACCGUCGAGAAUGCCAAACAGGAACUGGAGCAGCAAAAGAAGCUUCAUGAGGAAGAACAGGCGACCUCUCUGUCCACCAUUGAACAGUUGCAAGCCACUAUCGAUGGAUUAACGGCCGAUAAAGAGUCUAUGAAGGAAGCGUUGGCCGAGGCACAAAUGAGUGCCCAAGAUUUGCGAAAACACAUGUGGGAACAAGAACAGGGCACCCAGCUCACACUGCGGUUGCGAUUGGAAGAACUGGAAAGAGUCAAGCUGGAUCUGCAUGCGCUGCGUUUGGUAGAAGAGAAGCAAGACCGCAUCAUUGUUGGCUUGGAGUUGAAAUUGGAAGAAAUGGAACGAAUGACGUUGGGUUUAAAGGAACAGCUGGCCGUCCGCGAUCGUCAGAUCACUCAAUUGGAGCAAGAAAACACUGCAAAGACCGAAUUUGCCCAAGAAAUGCAAGUUCAAGUCUGCAAUCUCUUGCGCCAAAUCAAUGGCAUGGGAUUGGAAAAGAAGGAAUUGGAGAUGUUGUUGAACAUCGUCGAUGGCCUUUUGCAAAAGCAAGAAACCGUUUCAGCCAAACAUAUGCAACUGAUUGAUGACUUGAAGCAAAAGUGUCUGCUCCGCGAAGAAGCGUACGAGGAACAGCAACGCAUCACCGACCUUUUGGAAACGCAAAAGAAAGAACAUACUGCCUCCCUUCAAGCCAUGGAAGACCGUUCGUCCGACAACGACCAAUUGACACAAGUGUUGGAGAGCGAGCUUGCCGACGCUAAAGCCACCUUGGAAGAACAAGCCGCUUUGGUGAAGCAGUUGCAGCAGCAAGACAAGCAUCAUCAAGCGGAACUGGAGCGAUUAGCCCACCUGGAUGACCAUGUCAACCAGCUCGAAACGACGCUGACGAAAGUACAGCAAGACCACCAGAACGCUAUUCAAGAGCUUGCGCAGAAACAAGACGAGAUGAACAAGCUCCAGCGCAGUUGUGAGAAAGCGACCGAAAAGGUGGCACGGUUGGAAAAGACGAUUGAAGAGAUGGAAAAGACAAUCGAGACCCACCGUGAACUGGUGGCGGCGAAUGAUGCUUCUGGCAUGAUUGUUGAUUUGCAAGAGAAACUGAAAACGUUGCAGCAUGCCAAGGAAGAGCAAGGAACCACAUUGGAACGCCAGUUGGACCAAUUGCAUGAAGAUCUGGAAACCAGCCAACGAUCGAACCAAGACCAGGAACAUGUAAUUACGUCGUUGAAAGAAACGGUGGAGACGUUGAAGCAGCAGUUGGAAGAAGCCAUUGCCAGUCAUACUCAGAAAUCCGGUCAGAUCCAAAUGUUACAAGAACAGUUGACGACGCGACGCCGAGUGUCCAGUUUCGAAGAGGCGAGAAAACGAACGUCGGAUUCCGACAAGAGUCGCGAAAGCAGUUCAUGGAGUCACACGGAACGCAGUUCCAUGAGCAGUACAAACGGUCAAGAUUUGUUACGACGAAUUGAGGAGCAGGAAGCGCAAAUCCGGGAAAAAGACGAAAACUUGACCCGGCUGACCAAAGCGGUGUCGGAUCUGGAAGAGAAACGCAAAAGUCGCGCGAGUCAAAUGGACAGGGACGAAUUCAAGCAUGCGUUGGCGAAGAAAUUGCAAGAUCCUCAAGGACAGCAGGAGCUGAUUGAUAAGAUUGCUCAGUUGACCGAGGAUAAUUCGCAGUUGGUAAUGCAUGUGGAUGAUUUGGAAGCGCAACUUGUGCUGCAACGAAGCCAACUGACGCUGGAAACCAAAAACUUGGAACUGGAAGUGAUGAAACUGACGGCGGCUAAUGAUCGUUUGGAGAAGGAAAUGGAGCAGGUCAUGCCACGUAGCAGCCAUUCCCACGUCGUAAGCCGGGAAUCGUCCAACUACACUUCGCCACCACAGACUCCGCGCGUCGUAUCGCCUUCCAACAGCAGUUUGCACUACAAACUUCAACGCGACAUGUCGUCUACCAGCCUGAAAUUGCAAAAAUCCAGCUCGUAUCGAUCCAUGACGUUACCCGAGGACGAUGAAGCCAGCAAACGGGUUUCUUCCAGCUCAAUGCGAUCCGAACUCACACCUCGGCCCAACUCCAGUUUACGGAAUCGAUCGGUGACACCUGUAGCGAACCUUCCUCCACCGUCGGCGCCACCUUCCAACCCUCUUCCUCCCAUUCCCACCCCUCUACCGCCGAUCCCUGUUUCUCCAAGCAGUUUACCCGGCUCACCAUCGGUUGGUCCUACACGGUCGGUCUCAUCACCAUUACUGCAGCGCCAGAACUCGAGCUCCACUAGUUUCAGCGAUGCUCUGAUGAACAAUACAUUGACGUCGGAGCAGUACGACAAGAUUGUGCGUUCCUUACAGCGUAAAGCGCAAGUCGCGGAAAACGAUGUGCGUGCACAUCAGGAAGUGAUUAGCAAGUUGGAAACGCAACUGUCGCGGUCUGAAAGCUCGGUGCGCGAUGUGAAGAAGCAACUGGACGUGCUGAAUCGCGAAAAGCAAGCGUGCAAUUUGGAAAUCCAGAACCUGCGUGCCCAAGUAACGCAAAUCCAGACUCAGCAAAAGGCUACCACCGAACAAGCCGAAGAAGAACGUCGAGAACUAGAAGAAUUACUAGAGAAAGAAAAGAAGCUGAAAGAAAAAGCCGAAAAGGCGCGUCACAUCCUCGAAAGUCGUAUGGAAGAACUAAUGAACAAGAAGAACAAGUUUAUGUGCUUCUAAAUCCAAAAUAAGGAGCUUUCUUUUUCUUCAUCUCUUUUUGCAUUUACCAAUCAUACACCCUCUCCGUACAUUCAUUUUUUAUUAUUAUCUCUUUUAGCUAUCAUACAUCGCUUUACGACCACGCCAUUCCUUUCUUUCUCUUCCCUUGUACAGAUGAUUAAUCUUUAUCGUAUUUCUUACCCCCCUUUUUUCUCUCGAUAUAUCCUCUACUAAUGAUUGAUACACAUUUGCUUUUUUGUUUAUUUUCCUUUCACCGCUGGGUUUCAGUUUUGAUGAUUGACCCAUUUGAAAUAGUCAUGGAAACUAUAAUAUCAUACCACUUGCUUUUUUAUGUUGUAUAGAGUAAAAUGUGUG